AAAUUUUGUGAACACUUUGCCAUCUUUAGUAUCCUCAUCACUUAUGUGCCUCUAUGUUCUCUUCCUCUCUUCGUGCCCCUCCUUUCUGCCCCUUCAUCCUACUGUUCACCUGCAUUCCUUUACUACCCUGUCUUCUCCACCUUUCCUGUCUCAGUCAUCCCCAUCCCUAAGAUCGUUGUCCCUUUCUUCUCUUGAGACCCUCGUCCCUAGUAUUCCGUAUUCCUCUCUCUUAUUUCUUAAAAGUCUCCCUCCUUCCAUGGGAUCCUCGUUCUCCCCGCGCCAGCCUCAGGUGACCCUCUCACCCCGGGAAGGGCCACCUCCCUUUCCCGGAGCCCAGAGGCAGCGCGGGGCACGCAGGAAGCGCACGUAGCAAGCGCAGCGGCGUCGGGCUGGAGUCGGAGGGCAGCCGCGGGGUCCUCCCGCUCCUCGGCAGCCCCCGGGCGCGGUGCAGUCUGGGGGAACAUGGCCGCUUCCGGUCUCCCUCCCCGGCCGGCGCUGGCCUGACCGCGGCCCUUGCCCGGCGCACUCCGCCCUCUGCUCCUCCCGCCCCGCCGCCGCGGAGGUCUCUUCAGCCUUUCCCUCCCGCUGCCCCCGCCGCGCCAUGGAGAAGAGCUCGAGCUGCGAGAGUCUUGGCUCUCAGCCGGCCGCCGCACGGCCGCCCAGCGUGGACUCCCUGUCCAGUUAAUGUGUUAAGAGCCAUUGACAUUUGAAGAUCAUCAGAAGUGAAGAUAAAACAUCUCAAAAAUUAUAAUUGCUUCCACUUCUCACUCAGAGAAUUCAGUGCAUACAAAAUCAGCUUCUGUGGUAUCAUCGGACUCCAUUUCAACUUCUGCGGACAACUUUUCUCCUGAUUUGAGGGUGUAUUCAUUCCUCGGGCUGCUGUAACAGAGUGCUGCGAACUGUGUGGCUUAGAACACAGGAGUUUAUUCUCUCACGGUUCCAGAGUGUGAUACUGUGAUAUAAUAAGACAUAUGUAUUUUGGUCUUCAUCCUCAGCUCCUGGACAGAGCUCCUAAAACCUUGGUGCUGAGGGAAUCUAACAAAUUAGCAGAAAUGGAAGAACCACCCUUGCUUCCGGGAGAAAAUAUUAAAGACAUGGCCAAAGAUGUAACUUAUAUAUGUCCAUUCACUGGUGCUGUACGAGGAACUCUGACUGUCACGAAUUACAGGUUAUAUUUUAAAAGCAUGGAACGGGAUCCCCCAUUUGUUUUAGAUGCCUCUCUUGGUGUGAUAAGUAGAGUAGAAAAAAUUGGUGGUGCUUCUAGUAGAGGUGAAAAUUCUUAUGGACUAGAAACUGUGUGUAAGGAUAUUCGGAAUUUACGGUUUGCUCAUAAACCUGAGGGGCGAACAAGAAGAUCCAUUUUUGAGAAUCUAAUGAAAUAUGCAUUUCCUGUCUCAAAUAACCUGCCUCUUUUUGCUUUUGAAUACAAAGAAGUAUUUCCUGAAAAUGGGUGGAAGCUAUAUGACUCUCUUUUAGAGUAUAGAAGACAGGGAAUUCCGAAUGAGAGCUGGAGAAUAACAAAGAUAAACGAACGCUAUGAGCUCUGUGAUACAUAUCCUGCCCUCUUGGUUGUGCCAGCAAAUAUUCCUGAUGAAGAAUUAAAGAGAGUGGCAUCCUUCAGAUCAAGGGGCCGUAUCCCAGUUUUAUCAUGGAUUCAUCCUGAAAGUCAAGCCACUAUCACUCGGUGUAGCCAGCCAAUGGUAGGAGUGAGUGGAAAGCGAAGCAAAGAAGAUGAAAAAUACCUUCAAGCUAUCAUGGACUCCAAUGCCCAGUCUCAUAAAAUCUUUAUAUUUGAUGCCCGGCCAAGUGUCAAUGCUGUUGCCAAUAAGGCGAAGGGUGGAGGUUAUGAGAGUGAAGAUGCCUAUCAAAAUGCAGAACUAGUUUUUCUGGAUAUCCACAAUAUUCACGUUAUGAGAGAAUCAUUACGAAAACUUAAGGAGAUUGUGUACCCUAACAUUGAGGAGACUCACUGGCUGUCUAACUUGGAAUCUACUCACUGGCUCGAACAUAUUAAGCUUAUUCUUGCGGGGGCUCUUCGGAUUGCUGACAAGGUGGAGUCCGGGAAGACGUCCGUGGUAGUGCACUGCAGCGAUGGCUGGGACCGCACAGCUCAGCUCACUUCCCUUGCCAUGCUUAUGUUGGACGGCUACUAUCGGAGCGUCCGAGGCUUUGAAGUCCUUGUGGAAAAAGAAUGGCUAAGCUUUGGACAUCGAUUUCAGCUUAGGCUCGGCCAUGGAGAUAAGAACCACGCAGAUGCAGACAGAUCGCCUGUGUUUCUUCAGUUUAUUGACUGUGUCUGGCAAAUGACAAGACAGUUUCCUACAGCAUUUGAAUUCAAUGAAUAUUUUCUCAUAACCAUUUUGGACCAUCUAUAUAGCUGUUUAUUUGGAACAUUCCUCUGUAACAGUGAACAUCAGAGAGGAAAAGAGAAUCUCCCUAAAAGGACUGUGUCACUGUGGUCUUACAUAAAUAGCCAGCUGGAAGACUUCACUAAUCCUCUCUAUGGGAGCUACGCCAAUCAUGUCCUUUAUCCGGUAGCCAGCAUGCGCCACCUAGAGCUCUGGGUGGGUUAUUACGUCAGGUGGAAUCCACGGAUGAAACCGCAGGAACCCAUUCACAACAGAUAUAAAGAACUUCUUGCUAAACGGGCAGAGCUUCAGAAGAAAGUAGAGGAACUACAGAGAGAGAUUUCCAACCGAUCCACCUCAUCCUCUGAGAGAGCCAGUUCUCCUGCACAGUGUGUCACUCCUGUCCAAACUGUUGUGUGAAGGGACUGUUUGAGGGGGGCCAUCAUUGCCAUGAACUCUGGAUUACAAUGGCAGCUUUAGGAGUAUACAGUCUUCGGAAGUUAGAACCCACCCAUGGGAGAAAUGCAGUUGCUUUAUUUAUUUUAAAUCUCUCCAGGUUGGGUUUAGAACUGUGGCAGUGCAGGUGGUGUAUGUGAAAUAACCCCAUAUGUAAUGACACAAUUAUGACACUAAUCUUCUAAGUCACCCAAAGAAUAUUAAGAUGCUUCAAUACCAGAUCCACAGUGGGAACAAGUUAAAAUCAAAAUACAGACGACUUCAGAAACAUUCCUCUCGAUGGAAGAGAACUGGCUGCACAAAGGUCAGGAGCAUCCCCGCUAUCUCAGUGCGCCGACACUGCAGUUCCGCGGCAUCAUAUACGCUGAGCCUCGAUGGCAUGAAAGCUCAGCAUCACUCGAUACUCCCUUCCCUGUCGUGGGUUUUUCUCCUCUGUAGUAAAGUGAUUUACUUUGAUCACCUUUCUGCACCCACACUCUUCAUGUAUGGUAUGGCAAGGUCUUGAGGAUAUUAUGGCAUAGUAGUAGUUGAAAAUUAUUGCUGUCAUUACUGGCAUAUGUAUUUAAGAUGUACUAGAUAGCUGUUCCAAACGGAUGCCUUUGAGAUGUGCUUGGGGGUGGGGGGGUGGGAUUGAGAGGAGGAAGUGGUAGCCGUCCAGGAUUUCAAAGAAUUCUACACCCUUCAGAUUGGUUUCCAUUUGCCCACUUACUAGAAACAUAAUGAAACCUAUUUUACAAAUUCGUUACUACCUUACUUUAUUGCAUUUAUGUUUUUUUGUGCGUGUCUGUCUGAACACAGAAUUGGUUAAGUUUUGAGGCAAUAUUUUAAAAAGUUUAUUAGGAUUGACUUUUUUCCUGAAGUUUGUAUAAAUAGCGAUGCUCAAAUUCUACGUGAAAUAUUUUACUACUUUACUUUGCAAAUUCUGUAAUUCCACUGAAAGAUUAAGUCUACCAAAGAACUUAUUGCAUGUACAAAUGUAUCACAGUCUCAAUGCCAGUAAAGGAAAUACUGCCUCACUGUUCACCUGCCAGUAACAGGUCAGCGCUGGUAUCAACAGUUGACUCCUUGAUAUCUUAAGAGCCAUAUGUUAUGUACUGUAACAAAGGAGCUUCUUGUCCCUUGGGUCUUUAAUUUAAUUAAAAGGAAAUUUCAACUGACUUUUAAAACGUUGACCUUAUCCUAAGUUGUUUGCCUUAAGUGUCUUGCAGAAAUGUUAUUUGGAAAGUUUUUGAAGGAAGGGGUAGCUUAGCACGUGCUCCAAAUUGAAAUGUUCAAAUUCAACCCAUUUUGCUUCUAUACCCGAAUCAAACAGUGCUCAAAAAUGCAGUGUUCACUCACCUGUUAAUUCACCAUAGCCUGGACUUAGCCUUGUUCUUGGGUCUUGUGGUGAGGAACUAUAAUUUCUCUUAGUACAUCCAAUAUUAGCAAAAUUAAUACCAAGAUGACUUGGGCUUUGUAUGAUAUUCAUUUUAAGAAAAUUAGUAACAUGGGCACCUGGGUGGCUCAGUCGUUAUGCAUCUGCCUUCAGCUCAGGUCAUGAUCCUGGGGUCCCGAGAUCAAGCCCUCCGUCAGGCUCCCUGCUCAGCGG